CUAUUUUCUUUCGAACAAUAUAUAUAUAUUUAUGAUACUAAUUUCAUGUUUUGUAUGUAAGGGUAUCAUAUUUUCUUAUCCAAUUGACAUCUGAGAAGUAUUUCAACUAUUAUAAUUUCUUGUAUUAGGUUAUAAUAGAAGUCUUUUUUUUUUUCGAAAUCGUUUUGAUUCGUCUUUAGUUUUAACGAGUAACUCUGUGUUGUUUUAUUUUCGACAAUUUUUUCAAAGAAUGUUAAAAAAAUCAGAAAAUCAGAAUUAAUCAAUAAAACUAAAAAUGAAGCAGAGGGAUUUAAAAAAAAAGAAUCGCUUCGAAGAUAAUAUUUGAUUCGUUCGGUGACUAUACAUUGUAUUGCUCAAAUUGAGAAACGAACAUUUAACCAUAGAUAUACAAGGUGUUUCAAAAAUCUGACGGAAAAAAGGGCAAAUAGCUCCACAGCAAUUCAAAAAAUUCAAGUAAGUUUUCGUAUAGUUUGCUCACAUAUUCAUUAAAGUUUUAUUCAAUAUAUUUCAGGUAAAAUAGUUGCAUCUGAAGCAGUCAGAAUUAAAAUAGUUUUAGUUGUGGUCCUAUUCGAAUAAACCAGCAUUGUAACUGUAAAAACAGUUUCGAACUAUGUAACCCUUCUUUGUAGAACUGUUGCAGAAACUGUGCUUUGUAUGGCUUUAAGAAAAGAUGUUCCAUCAUAAUUCGAUAUGUUGUUGUUUGUGGUAAUGAGCAAACUUAUGAAAUAGACUGAACACUUGAUUCUAGUUCAGUUUCACAAACAUCCUUAAAUUCAUUAAUUUUUUCUCCAGUAAAUACUCUACGGUCUUUCAAAACAUGAUCGAUUUUAGACAGUACCAUUUUUACAAAAUCGCUGAAAUGCCGUUUUAAUACCGAAUUCGGUUGACUUGAAUUUAAUCAUCAAUAAAACUAUUUUAAUUCUGACUUCUUUAGGUGCAUAUAUUUUAUAUGAAAACUUUAAUGAAUAUAUGUUCAAACUGAAAAACAAAUGUUACAAUUUCUUGAAUUGUUGAGGAAUUAUUCAUGAUUUUCUUUGUCGGUUGGCCUUUUGGAAUAUGCUAAAAAUAUGGUUCCGAUUGAAUAUUUAAAACUAUAAUAGGAAAGUUUAAGGUAUCUUCCAUCCUCUCUUUCUGUUUCUACACUAUUUGUGACAAAAGCAGAGCUCGGUAAACUCUGAUUGCAAGCAGUAACCCGAGGUCGAUAGGUAGUAAUGUAAAGAAUCUACCAUGAAAAUACUGUUUUUUUUUGCCUUAGGAUUCAAAAAGGCUUUUUUGACAUUUUUCUGAUUUUCCACUAUUUAAAUGUGUUAACUUGCAUUUCCUUAUUAGCAAAUAAAGGUCAGCAAGAAUCUUUUUUUUCAUUGAUAACUGCGAUCGUGAAAUUUUGAAAGAAAACUUGAUUAGAGCAUGAUACUCAUUGGAGAAAAUUUCAAGGCAAGCAGUUAAAAUUAGCCGAAGAUAUGGUUCAUUUUUCGACGAUUUCCACCAACUAUGAUGUAAAUAUUAUCUAAAGAAUACUUUAUAAAUCAGACAAACUAAAACUGUUUGACAUUAUAUUUGGUGAUAGAAGCAGCACUGAGCUGUCGAAUGAAGGAUCUAACGUGAUGAAAUUUGUUUUCAGUGUUGAGAUGUUCUCAUCUGAAAAAAAAUCCAUGUUGAUCUUCUAGCUUCUUCGCAUGAAGACCGAUUAAGUACUGUUUAGUUCUCACGAUUAGAGUCUAAUGUGCUCUAUUUGUGACCAAAUGAUGAGACUAAAGGGUUAAAGCUUAGGUAAUUUUUAUCUGGUAGCGGAACUUUUUACGAUCACUAUACUAUAAUUAAUAUUGAUAGUACAUAUUAAUGAAUAAAAUGUUACAAAAGCCUUUUUGUUUUGAAUUAAAGUAACUUUAUCAUACUUUACAUUUUAUUUUCAAAGAUAUUUCAUUGUUAAUUUUUUUUUUCUGUAUUUAAAAGAUUCAUGAUGAUGAACAUCAAGCACGUAUUGGUGGCAGUGAAGAUGAAGGACAAAUUCAUUCUGUAUUAAUUGUUAAUAAAGAUUGGAAUAAUGAAGAUAAACGAUUAAAUUUUGUUUCAAUGAUUCUUCAACAUUAUUCAUCAUUUUCAGCUCAAAUUGAUAUCAAUAGACAACUUGCAUUUCAUGAUUAUUCUAUGCAAUCAUCAUAUUCAUUUAAUGAUGUUAUAGGAUUAAUUAAUAAUACAAAUAAUCAUGAAAUAUAUUUUAUUGAAGAACAACAAAUGAAAAGUGAACUUGUUGACCAAACUAAAUAUGAAAAUUUAUUAAUGCUACUUGAAUCGUCACAUAUACGACAUUUAUUUAAUAUAUUACAACAUGCACAUGCUAGUCUUUUUUCUGUUUAUGCAUGUGCUUCAUUACCAUUACCAUCAAUAUCAAUAAAACAUCGACAAAAACAAGAUGAAAAUAAUAAAAGCAAAAUUCUUUUAUUUUCACCUUCUCAUUUAUGUUCAUUAGUUUGUAUCUCUUAUCAACCAUUUCAAGUUUCUAUUGGAUUUAAAUAUAUUGCUCAAAAUGCAGAUGAUCCUAACCAACAAUGUGAACCAGCAUCUGAUUUACUGUUAUUUAUGGUUAUUGAUAGUAUAUUUUCACUUUUUCUCUUAAGUACAGCUUACGAUUUUUUAAAAAUAACUUCUUCAGUAAAUAAACAUCAAAGUGAUGUAUCUGGAUAA